GCGCAAUCGAUGAAGGGCGCUAGUGUCGUGUUUGAUGCUCUUUGCUCUGUGAAAAUUUAAUUUUUCCACUCUUUUUCCUCAACUCCUUGCUCAUUUUUGUGCAUGUGAACAAUCCCGAGAUGCUGAACAAGUGUCUGGCGGUGUAAAAAAGUCGCUUUGUUGUGUGUUUUGUGUGAAAUUUUGUGGUGGAAAAGACUGCCACCCUGAGAAUUUUCUCCUCCCUCAGGUUGUACAAUCGGAAAAAAAGUUGGCGCAGAGGGAGUGAAAAGGGACCCCCAAAAAGUGUGCGUGUGUGUGAACGUCGUCGGAAAAGUUGAGGAAAAUUGGGUCGAAGAGCAGGUGAAAAUUCCCCCAAGUGUAUCAUUUGGUUGUGAGAAGAAAACCCCAUCUCGAAAAGGGUCUCCGUGGAGUAUUAAAGGGGGGCUCAACGAAUACACACACACCGAGCCUUCGAAAAUCAUCCCUUCCUCUUGUCUCUCCAUUCUGACUCCUUCUUCCAGCUCAUCCACGGGCUCCACGGGUAAUUGGGGGCGAGUGUGAGUGCAUUUCCGCACACAUUCCAUUGACUCCCCCACAAACAGUUCACACACCAAGUGUCCCCCGUGAGAAAAGUCCUUAUCGUGUGGAAAAUCCUCUCAGCAGAAGCAUGGAAAAGCGUGGACAAUGACACUGACGGGGCCAUUGAUUGCCGGAGUGGGAAAAUUCCUUGGAGAAGUGUCUGAAAGUGCAAAGCGGGGGUGACGUGGGAAAGCGACUUUUCCAGCACUUGAGAUCCCUCUUGGGCAUUUUCCACCUACAACGCGAAGAGAUUAGUGACGAGAGAAGAUGCCUGUUAAGAAGCAAGAGGCUCAUCGAGCUUUGGAACUACUCGAGGAUUAUCAUUCGAGGUUGUCAGCGCCUCAGGAUCGUGCGCUAAGGAUUGCUAUUGAGAGAGUUAUUCGAAUCUUCAAAUCACGUCUUUUUCAAGCACUUCUCGAUAUUCAAGAGUUCUACGAAUUAACCCUUCUGGAUGAUACAAAAACGAUACAACAAAAAACCGUGGAAACGCUCCAAAUUGCCAACAAAUGGGAACAUGAGAAUGCAUUGAAAAUAUCCGAGAGUGAUACAAAUCGAAGUUCCGCGCAUUUGCCAUUGACUCAGGCACUGCUGAAUUUGAGGGAGCAACAGGAGAAUGCCGAAAAUGAGAAUCAGCAGCGAUUACGUGGUAGUGAAGAGCUGCAGCAUGCUGAAAAAAAAGAAAGUGACAGACAGGCACCACCAUCGUCAUCCUUGGCUGUAGGAGCUGCCGAUAAGGAGCAUCAACAACCUGUUGGUGGGCGAAAAUCCGAAUCACCGUCAAAGUAUUUGGCUCACACACCAGCCGGCAACGAAGCUAAGCAUGUGAAUGGAGAUGAUAGUUGGCAAUAUGAGGAUAUUACACUCGAAAGAGGAAAUUCUGGGCUGGGAUUUAGCAUUGCCGGUGGAACGGAUAAUCCACAUAUUGGCACUGAUACAUCCAUUUACAUCACCAAGCUGAUUCCGGGCGGUGCGGCAUCUGCCGAUGGGCGACUUGGUGUCAAUGAUUGCAUUAUAUCAGUGAAUGAUACAUCGGUGGUGGAUGUACCGCAUGCUAGUGCCGUGGAGGCGCUCAAAAAGGCGGGAAAUAUAGUUAAGCUCCACGUGAGGCGAAAACGUGCUCCACCGGGUCCCAAAAUUAUCGACAUUGACCUCGUGAAGGGGGCAAAGGGAUUGGGUUUCUCAAUUGCCGGUGGGAUUGGUAAUCAACACAUUCCCGGCGACAAUGGGAUCUAUGUGACAAAGAUAAUGGAUGGCGGAGCAGCAGGGGUGGAUGGUCGUAUGAGUAUUGGGGACAAACUUGUGGCAGUACGACAUCCCAAUGGGCAGGAGAAGAAUCUUGAGAAUGUGUCGCAUGAGGAAGCUGUGGCCACCCUUAAAUCUGUCACGGAUCGUGUUACAUUGGUUAUUGGGAAGUCACAGCAUUCAGUUGCGCCGCCGCCGCCCGUCACGGGUCUUGGCCACGUGAAUUCCCACUCAACAGGUGCCGUCAACAACAUCGGGCAGAAUGUUGUGGACUUUGCAAAUUCCACCGCAGGAGAUCGCGCCCAUUCACCACACCAAGCACUUGAGACAUCUUCGCGCUAUGCUUCAUCCAAUGUUCUCGCUGCUGUUCCACCUGGAACUCCACGGGCUGUCAGCCAUGAAGAUAUAACGAGGGAAGUGAGAACAAUUCAAAUUGGCAAGGGGCCCCAGGGCUUGGGCUUCAACAUUGUCGGCGGUGAGGAUGGACAAGGUAUCUAUGUGUCAUUUAUUUUGGCCGGUGGUCCGGCCGAUGUGGGUGGUGAGCUGAAGCGUGGUGAUCAGUUGUUGAGUGUCAAUGGGGUGAAUUUACGCAAUGCUACGCACGAGGAUGCCGCACAGGCACUCAAGAAUUCCGGACCCAAUGUCACACUUGUGGCACAGUACCGUCCGGAGGAUUACAAUCGCUUCGAGGCUCGCAUACAUGAGCUGAAGCAGCAGGCGGCAAUAAAUGCUGGCACGGGGACACUGCUGCGGACGUCACAGAAGCGCUCACUGUAUGUGAGGGCCCUCUUUGAUUAUGAUCCCAAUCGCGAUGAUGGUUUACCAUCGCGCGGACUGCCCUUUAAGCAUGGUGAUGUACUGCAUGUGACAAAUGCAUCUGAUGAUGAGUGGUGGCAAGCGAGGCGUGUCCUGGGCGACGGUGAGGAGGAAGGCAUUGGCAUUGUACCGUCUAAGAGACGGUGGGAGCGAAAGAUGCGCGCCAGAGAUCGAAGUGUCAAAUUCCAGGGACAUACCACUAAUAAUUUAGAUAAGCAAUCAACACUCGAUCGCAAAAAGAAGAAUUUUUCCUUCUCAAGAAAAUUCCCAUUUAUGAAGAGCAAAGAUGAGAAGAAUGAAGAUGGAUCUGAUCAAGAACCAAAUGGCAAUGCAACUCCAGACAUUGAUGCAGAUCAACAACCUUUUAUGUUGUGCUACACUCAGGAUGACGCUAAUGCUGAAGGAGCUACAGAGGAGAAUGUUUUGUCUUAUGAACCAGUACAGCGCCUUUCGAUAAAUUAUGCUAGACCCGUGAUUAUUUUGGGUCCACUCAAGGAUCGCAUCAAUGAUGAUUUAAUUUCGGAGUUUCCUGAUAAAUUUGGCUCCUGUGUCCCACACACAACCCGACCGAAGAGGGACUACGAAGUGGACGGACGUGAUUAUCAUUUUGUUGCGUCACGUGAGCAAAUGGAGAGAGAUAUUCAGAAUCAUUUGUUCAUUGAAGCGGGACAGUACAAUGACAAUCUGUACGGAACAUCGGUGGCGAGUGUCCGUGAAGUGGCGGAAAAGGGGAAGCACUGCAUCCUCGAUGUUUCCGGCAAUGCAAUAAAGCGCCUUCAAGUUGCUCAAUUAUAUCCAAUUGCAAUAUUCAUAAAGCCCAAAUCCAUUGAUUCAAUUAUGGAAAUAAAUCGACGAAUGACUGAAGAGCAAGCGAAGAAAACCUUCGAAAGAGCUUUGAAGAUGGAGCAAGAAUUUGGCGAAUAUUUCACAGCCGUUGUUCAAGGGGACAACAUCGAGGAGAUCUACAAUAAAACAAAGAAGGUUGUUUGGAGUCAACAAGGCCCAACAAUAUGGGUGCCAUCGAAGGAACCGCUAUGACCAACGGCAACCACAACAUGGACACUGCCACCAAGAUCAAGGGCCAGGCCUGUCAGUCGAUCUGGCUACAAUCACUAAAUUUCUAACCAUUACACAUGAAUUUAAUAAUUGUUGUUUCGAGGAAAAUUAGUAUACAGUGCAUAUAUAUAAUUUUCUUCCUGUGCGCAAUGACGAUCGCUCCACUGUGUGUCAGUUUGUGGAGAGAUGGGCGGGUUAUUUGUGUAGGACGAUGUGUAUGAGAGGAGAAAACUGUAUUAUUUUAACUAAUUGAUUUAUCUUUAUCGGUUUUUUUUAGCUCCAUUGAAGAAUUCUUUCUUUUUUCAUUCAAUCAAUUUUAUGAAAUUAAUACAAAAAAAUUUACUAUUGAUUCAUGAUAUAGUGUUAAAUCUAUUAGUAUUUUUUCAUCUACUUUUGUUUGUCGAUGGAGUCAGUAUUUAAAGAAGAAGAAGGGAAAUAAUGAAAAAAGAUUUUUUUUAUUCAUUUUUGAUUAUUUCGGAAAUAUUAGAGGAACAAUAGAAAGAAAAAAGUCUGCUGCCAUGUCUCAGGUCCUCAAUCAAUCCGAUUUUUUUGCAAAAGAAAUUGUUGCACUUUGACUCCAUCAAAGAUGUUUUUUCUCUUAAUUCUUCAUCAUUAUUUUUUCUCUUAUUUUAUUUAUUUAUUGAAAUGUGGACGGAAGUUUAAGGGUUAUAAAAAAAAAGUUUAUGGGGGGUUCAUUUUUUAGAUGGUUGACACAGUUUAAAGGCAGAUAAAGGAAUAAUUACGUAGGAAGAGUAUAUAAAUUAAGUAAACUAUAUAUACACAAGAUAAAUAUUUGUUGACGAAAAUGAUUAUUAAUUGUAUUAUUGAUUAUAUUGAAAGAGAAGAUAAAUAAAAAAGGAGAAAAUUGAAGCAGUGAAACCGAGAAGGGUAAAACCAGAUAUUUAGAGAGAUCAUGAUUAAUCUACUUAGCUAGUUAUUACAAAAAGAAAAAUCAGUAAUUUAUCUCUAUUAUGCAUUAUAAAAAAAUGCGAAAAAAAAUUUAUCUCUUAUGCAAAUGGAUAGAGGAAAGAAAAAAAUCAUGUAAUUAUCCCAUUUUGUUUUCUUUUUUCUUGAAAUAAUAGAGAAUGAAACCACUUAACGUCCCUCUCCCUUAAAUGGAAGACAAAAAUGAACCUAAAAUAUUUAAAGAUAAAACAAAGUAUUUAAUCAAAAGAAAAGAUAAAAAAUGAGAAAAUGAAUAUCUUGUCACCUCCUUAACAUUCUCCAUUUCACAUCUCGCGCUCUUAUGCAUCUUUUUUUAUUUGUAAUUUACAAAAUAGAAAGGAAAAUUCCAUGAAAUUUUUCAAAUCAGCUUAAUUUGUUGCAGAAUAAUUUAUUAUUUUUAAAAAUUUUUUCUUCUGAAAUUUUUAACACCUGAAGAAGAUAAAAAUUUACCUCCAAAAUGUCAAAAAACAAUGACAGAUUACACCGAAAUUUAAAUUCAAGUUUGAAAAAAAAACAUUAAAAAAUUAUUUAAAAAAUUACGUUGAAUUGCAAAGUUUCAUGGAUUUAAAGAAUAAAAAAAUAUAAUAUGCAUAACAAUCUUCAAAAUAAAACAAUUUUGAAGCGAAAAAAACUUCCUACAGUGUGACAUUUUUUUAUUUAAUUACAAAAUAAUAAACAAAAACAUUUAGACUUUACAAACUCUAUAAAAGAAAAAAAACCUCAAUAAAUUACUCGAAUUUUUCUUGUAGGCAAUUUUUCCGAGAGGACAAAAUGGAAAUUUCACUAUAUAUAUAGUAAAAUAUUAGUUAAAAUCACCGAAAUUUUCGCAAGAUUCUCUCCCAGAAACAUUUUUUUUAAAUAAAACAAAAAUCAUUUAUUUUGUAAGCUUUACUGCGUGAAGAAAUUUUUGACAAAGAAAAAAUAUUGUGUAUAGAAAAUUCAACUAUUAAUAUAAAUUUAAAAAAAAAACACGUUUAAAAAAAUCACAAUUUUUUCAACACUCUUUACACACUAAAUCUUAACGAUGCAAACACCAUGUCUCGCGUCUUUUUGAAACAAGAAAAAAAUUAUAAAAUAAAAGGAAAAUAAUAUUUAUUUAAAUGGCAAUUUAAAGAAAAUCUACUUACUUAGAUAAAAGUAACUUACAUUUUUUGAUUCACUAACACUCGCUUAGCAAAGUAAACUAAAUAAAAAACAAAAAAUAAAAUAAACUGAUAAAAAAUCAUUUCAUUAAAAAAAAAACGUUUUAAAAAAAGUUUUUUUUCAGGAGAAAUCGGGUAGAAUUUUUUUUGGAGAAAAAGUCAUUCAAGAAAAUUAUUAAAUAAAAUAUAUUAAAGAAAAAUAGCGUAUAGUGGAAAAGAUGAAUUUCUACGGGAAAGAAAUAUUCGCAAAUGAGAAUAAUAAAAAAAAAACAUUUAUUAGAAAGAUGAAAAAUUGAUCGCAUAUUGUUGUUAUUAAAUAAUUAAUUAUUUUAAUGAUGAAAAAGAGAAGUUUUGAUUGAAAAAAAAAAGUUACAAAAUAAAGAAGAAAAUGUAUUCUGCUCAA